CGAAGUGUUCAGUUCGGUGCGAACGGUUUUAGGUAUUCUCGUUACAAAAUGAAAGUUUUGGUACCUAGUGAUGUUUCUAUGAUAAUGAAUACCAUCGAAGAACGUGCAAAGAGGUAUUUGUGAUGAUAUAUAGCACGUUUGUGAGAAUGGGAAGUGCUUCAAAAAUACUAAAAUAUAGUGAAAGGAAUCUAUCGUUGUUGUGUGUGCGGUGCAUAGCAUAGGAAUGGUAUCUCCGUCUAAAAUUCAACAUCAAGAGCACAAGCAGCCAUCAAGAGAAAAUAAAUUGACCAAACACUCACAUGUUCGUACAGAGAAAGAUCUGAAACCGCUAGGGGGAAAGUCUUUUUACUUGGACAUAAAAAACCAUGCUACUACAGCCAAAAUAGAAGCAAAAAUCAAAGACUUGGGUGGGGUGAUAGAGUUAUUUUUAGUACGGAGCGUCAACCUGGUAGUUAGUGACAGGGUAAACAAGUCAGGUUACAUAAACUUAGAGAAACAUAAAUGGGGUUGUGCCAGUGGAGGCAGUGGGGGACCUCCCUCACUGAGGAGUUUAGAAACUCCAACUCCUAUGCCAACUCCUCAGACACCGUAUUUUAGUCCUGACUCUACCUUAUCUAGCUCAAUUGCUCUAAGGGGUCAAACUACCCAAAGAUCUAAAUCGCGAGUGGAUGCAAUGUUGGAACGUGCUCUGAUACAGCCACAACAGUGUUCUGUGGAUCCACUUUACAACGCCAAAAGUUGGGGAAUUCCUAUUUGGGCAGUCGAUAAACUUCAAGCUUGGCUCGAUAAAAUCUAUUCGUCUGUUAAAGAUACCAAUCAUCUAAAACAAUCAAAGCAUUCUUAUCAGCAGAGUUCAACCAAGGAUUUAAAGGUCAGGCAUCUCAAGGGACCUUAUAUAAAAUUUGAGGCCUUUCAAAGAAACACAAGACCUGUCUUUGUUGAACUACCUGUGUGGCCAACAUUAAAUUUUUCCGGAAAUCCAGGUUCUUGUCCUUUCAACGCGAAAAGACGAGAAAGGCCGGAAAAGUUGCGAGUAGAAAUAAAAGAAAAUAGGGAAGGAAUUCAGCCUGUCAAACAAGGGGAGGAUAGAGAGAUGACUCGGCGACCACGGACAACUGCCACUCGUGCUCGCAGAACUGAACAGUUAUCGUCUGGUUAUUGUGAAAUUUGUCGUAUUAGUUACCGAGAUCUGACCAAGCAUGUACAAAGCGAUCAACACCUCAGCUUUGUGCGAAACAAUGAUAAUUUUUUGUCUUUGGAUACUCUGAUCAAUGCAGGAGCUAAUGUGGAAGCAUUUCUAAAACUGAACAGAACAAAAAAUAUAGAAAAAGACUGUAACCUGUUUUCCAAUGGAGAUCGUAAUCUUCAUGACAUAGUACUGCCAGAAGGAAAAGUCAAUAGGGACUCGAAAAGCUUAGGAGAUUUUGAAGUCGAAGACAUAAAAAUGGUGCAGUGUAAUGGUGCACGAAGGAAUCUCAAUUUAAGACUAAGUUCACCACACAAUUUACGAACUCGUGCGAAACACGAAAGCGGUCAUUUGUUGAGAUCAAAAGGCAGUCCAUGGCACGAGGUAGAGAAGCCGGAGAAAUUUUAUGAUAAGUUUGAGGGUUACACUAUAAAAAAACGAGCGAAAGGAACCAUUUGGAUAGAGGAGGAUGAACCGGAAGAUGUCUUGAUACAAGUACAGGAAUUAAAGGAGCCCAAACAGGAUGAGUAUAAGAUCAAAGCAUUUUCAACAGAAUUAGGAGAGAAAUGCAAGAACGAGAAAGACUGUGGGGACGUUUGUAAUAAGCAAAAUAAUUCCGAUAAUGAAGAUGCCCAGAAAUCAAUAGUUUCGUAUAACGAACCGAAUAAUAUUGCGAAUACGGGAAAAGUUAGACAGAAUCGCGAUUCUGUGCAAUACAGAAAUCAUGAACAACAUAUGAAUGGUAGUGUAAAAAAUAAUUCUAACGAAGUUACUUUAAGUACAAAUGAGAACAAUUGCAAUGAUUCCUGCAAAAUAUCUAGAAACGAAACUGUAAAGGGGUUAAAUUGUAAAUUACAGUUGGAAAACGUAACAACAUGUAUAAAAAAGAGUUCGGAAAUAUGCGUCGGUGUUAAUACAGAUGUCGUCUGUAACGGUCAUGUUAUAAAAGAUGAACAAGGUAUAAAUAAACUGUUAAACGAUGUAGACAAGAAUGAUGUGAAAGCAGACAAACCGCCGAGAUGUUUCAAAUCAAGCAGACGGGGCGGCAGGGGCUUCAGGGGACGACACAGACUAUCCGUUGAGGAACGUUUGAUCGAAGAUAAUCGUGCGUAUUACAAAGUCGAAGUGUUAGGAAGUAAGUUAAGGUCAAGUGUAAUAUCGAACAGUAAUUCACAAUGUGCUGUGCAGAAAGAUGUCGAUGGUGAGGAUAGAAAGGAAGUGCCAUCUAGCGAAAAACCAGUAGUUGUACGAUUUAAACGCGUAAGAAAAUCCGAAUUAUCGUUGCUUAGUGACGAGGCGGAGUCCUUCAUGUUCGGGGAACCGAGGCGCGAGGACUCCAGCGAAACAAGCGACGAUGAACAAAGUAGCAUAUUACCAAGGGAAACCGAGAGUGAAUGUAACGACACGGUAAGCUCCGAGUUCCCUGGUUCAUCCAUAGACUGCGCAUCGCCUGUGAAGUCAGAAACAAUCGAGGAUGAUUCGCAAGAUUCUCUGAACUUGGGUCGAGCUAGGAAAAGAAGACGUACGCAGGCGGAGGCUCUUAUCAAAGACAACGAGGAUUAUUACAAAUUUGAAACUCCUGGGAGUAGAUUACGAUAUCAGGCACCGUUGACUGGAAUAAAAGAACCGUCGCCCGUCGAACAAACGGCGAAAACACAGGAAACAAUAGAAAAUGUGCAAGUAGACGAACAGGAGAGAGUAUAUCCGUCCAAACCUUCGCCAGAAGUUGAAAAGAUGCAGUUCUCCUUUGAAGCUAUACCAGCAUCUGAGCCAUGGUAUCAGACGUACCAGCGGCAAGACGAGGGAGCAGAAUUUUGGCAUUAUUUUAGCCAACGGGACUCGCAGAAGCCGUUUCUUUUACCGUAUGAAAUUGAAAAUUUUCACGAAAUUCUAGCAAAAAAUCAAAGUAGAAGCGAAAGCAAGAGGAAAGGCCGUGGCCGGAGUACGGGUUGCAUGGGGCGAUCACCAAGGAAGAGUCCUCGAUGUCAUGCGUCGACAUUGGCCAUUAUGUCCACGAUAAUUAGGAAACGGGAACAGCAACAGCAGACUUCGAAAUUGUAUACGAUAGACGAAUGUCAGAUCAUUAGAUCGCAAGCAGACACGCCGAGACCGGAACAAAAAGUCGAAUUGAAGCUGGAUAUAGACGAAGAAUUAAAGGACAUGGUGAAAACGCUCGACGAAAUGCUGAACGGGACGGACAAUUUUGAUGUGAAUGACUCUUUCGAACCGGAUACCACUCAGAUAGAAUCGAAUCUUUAUGAACCAAAUAUUCCGAAAGGGCCUCCCUCGAACUUACUAGAACUGCUGGAGAAUUGUCACGAGAUCGCGAACUGUUUAGAAAAUUCGUCGUGCGCCAGUUCGGAAUGCGGCGAGGGUAACGUCGAGUCGCCAUCGAAACGGAGAAAAAAGAGGAAAAACCGUACGGGUUGGCCUGGAAUCAAGAUGAAGAAAAAACUUCAAAGUAAACCUUCGGUUGACGUCGAUUGUGGCGACAGGGAGAACGUGACGGGAAAGGAUGUCGAACAGGUGGAGACUAGUUGCGACGUGCAGGACACGAACACUACUGAUCGAUUGGCUGAGGAAUCCAAUGUCAGAAUACCGACAUCUGUUCCUAGUAUCUCUCACGAUAACGAACAGUCGAUAUCCGUUGGCCAUCGAAAAGAUGAUGCGUGCCUAUGCGAAGUGUAUUCCUCGAAUAUCACCUCCAACACGUGUCACGAUGGGACCGAGAAGAAUGAUGCGAGUGCAGAGACGCUUGACGAUUCCGUUUUACACACAAACACAGAAACCUGUACAGAACCACCCCAUACGCCCGACAUAUGCAACGAGACUGAAAGGAAUUUCAUAUUAAAUAAAGAUUACACGUUCAGGAACGAUUUAUCAGAGAUCGAGGAGAUAUCGGAAAACGAUCCAGGUAACGACGAGAAUCAUGUGUUUCGAAAAGAUGUGAACUCGAUCGCGGAACGACGUUUUAUCGCGAAAGCGACUAUAAAGAAACGUCAGCGUGACAACACGUCCGCCGAAACAUGUGAAUCGCGUGCUGAGCUCGAGAACCACGAGAAUCUACGCAGAAAAGAAACCGAAGCUGGAAUAGUUCCCCGGAAACACCACAACGCGAACGGUUUGCCAAGAAAACGCCAGCAGAAACUCCAUUCGGAGAAUCCGGACUCCGAGGUGGAACAUCACAACAGCGUCUACAAAAGGAGUAAAGUAACGUCUAAGAAACGAAUGUACUCGCGGAAAUGUGCUAGAAGAGAUAACAUACCUUCCGACGCUGUGUUCGAAGAUGAGAAUUGUAAAGAAGAUUCCUAUUUAAGUAUUACGUGUAAAAAGCAACAAAACCUGAGGGGCGUUAAGCGACGAGCCGACGCCGUGUCGUCGGAGACUCAGGAUUCCGAGGUCGAGUGCGCAUUGUCGGGCCGCGUUAGUCCGACUAUCAUCACGACGUCGGAACUCGAGCAAAGGCGUUCGAGCAUCGAGUUUCAGCCGGUUGUUAGAAUGAUGAAGAUCGACGAUCAAGUAGACAUGGACCACAGUAUUCUUUCGGUAACGAUCGCGAGUAACAGACGGUUAAGAAGUUCCAGUUCCCCGAGAUCAAAUGUGCAACCACCGAAAAAACGUUUGAAGACCGGUCGUGGUCAGUUCGGACGGUGGUUGAAGAGUAGCUGAAAUCCUCGAUAAGGUUUCGGUUGUAUAGCUUAAAUUUCAAGGCCGGGACACAUUUUUCACGGGAUCUCGAUAUUGAAAUUUACUCUAUACCCUCUCUGCAAGUGUACAUUACUGUAUAAAACAUUAUUUGUGUAUGUAGAAUAGUAUUUAACGCUAUUGGCACCAUCGAUAGGAUUUUAUUAAUAUUCUUCUUAGUGUUUUUUCCAAUAACGGCUCUGUUACGAAAGCCCUCCCCCAC